CAAAGCUCCUCCAGCUCGGUUUGUGAGUGCGGUGGGCUUGGUCACGGUUUAAUUUUAUUUAUUUUUUUUCUGGCUAGACGUAAAUGGCCUUCGGAGUAUGCCUGGUGGCCACGGGAGGACCUCAGCAAGGAGCCUCGGUGGAGCUGUCGCUGCCCUGAAUCCCUCACUGGCCCCCUCACGCCGCAGCGGCCUCCCCGAGGGGUGUCUCCGCCGGCAUUUUCGGAGGCCCCGGACAGAAGGCAAAGCAGAGGGAACCGGUAUCGCGCUCCAAAGAGGGAGAAGGGGGGAGUCACCCAGACUGUGUAGCCCAAGGCAAUGGAAAUGCUUCACAGCAGGGCUCUGAUGGCCCAUUUAAAAGCAAAAGCAUAGCUGGGCACCCCAUUAACCUUUGCAAACGCGUCUCCAUUCGCUCCGUCCCUUCAUAUGUAAAACUUGCCCGCCACCCGCCUUGAGCCUCCCGCGCCUCAGCCCGCACCGCGUACGGACUACAACUCCCAUCAGCCCUCGCACGUCCUCGCGGCCCGGAGGCGGCUCCGUCCUCGCGAGGCACGCUGGGAAUUGGAGUCUCUCUGGGAAGAGAAGGGGUGUGGCGAAUUCUGCCACCUGAUUGGCUGGAAAACAAGUAGGGCGGGUGCAAAGCGGCGCGCCGUAGUUAGGCCAAUGGCGAUGAAAUACGUGUACCUUCAGGCUUGUUAUUGUUGCCCUGUGCUUCUAAAGCGUUACCUGCCCUCUCUUCAAGUUGCCCUCUGCCAGCGCUGCUCUGUGCUGAGGUUGUACAACUCCUGCUGCAGCUCCUGGCUCCAUCUUCUGUCACUGCUCAUGUGCUUGGUGGUCCCAGGUUGUCCUGUCUGGGCUGUCAUCGGUCACUGCUUCCCCAAAACCAGCAACACCUUAACGCAGGCAGGCGCUCUGGUGAAGACAUGGCAGCUGUUACCCCACAGAAAAGGAGCCGUAGUUCUGAUACCGAUGGUUCAUCCUUAGCCUUUGAGACCCCUGUGAAAAAAAAGAUGGUAGGCUUUGCUGAAGGUCUGUCUCCACUAAAGAAAUCGAGAAAUAAUCGGUUUGCUUCCCAAAUAAAAUGGUCAUCUAGCUCCAGCGAUGAGAUGAAAGAAAACGAGGCUGUUCCGGUGAAGCCGGCUCUGUCGAGGAGGCUGGAUAUUUCCCCCCUUCAGACAGCCAGUGUUCCCACAGCCAUGCAGAGGGAGUCCUCAAGGAAAGUAUCCCCAAAACCCGCUUCCAUGUACAAGUCCCUUGUGCCUGCAGUGUCUUUUUAUAGCAAGGAAAAGCGAUACCUUACUCCUCUUGAGAGGAAACAACUGAACGAGAACCGCUCUUUGGGUGAGAGGAACAGGGAUGAAAACCUCCCAGCUGCCAGCAGGACUGAGAAGACGAACAUGAACUUGAGCAGGAAUACAAGCUCAAAGCCAACCAAGCACACAACCAACUCCAAGCAUAGCAAAACUGUCCCCAAAACGCUGAGGAAGGCAAAGGGAGAGAUGCCAGCGGGAAAACCCAGUGUGGAGAAAGAGAAUGUGAAUUGCCUAAUUAAAAAGAAGAUGGAUUCGCCCUUCCGAGUCCUAAGCAUGACAGUUAAACCAGCCCUGAAACUCCAGUUGGGAGCAGCGUUCUUUUCUGCCAGGAAGAAAUCACACUCUAAAAAACCAGUUGUAGACACUAAAUCUCUCCAGGAGCUCCCCAAAUCUCUGCCAGAAAACAAUCAGCCCAGACCACCACCAACUACAAAAUCAAAUUCAGCUGAUAAAAACAAAAUUCUUGAGGAGGGUGGUAUAUUGAGAAGUCUUUCUGUGUCUCAGAAGAAGGAAAAUGAAAAUGGAGAGCACUUUACAAGCUGUGUAAAUCAAGGGAGAGAUUCGGCAGGUGAAGGAAAAACAUCUCCGCAGAAAAGCGGAAGCCCCUCUGGUCCCUUUUGUAGUUCCAAGUCUGCAGCCCUGGGAAACGGUGACGUAGGGGAUGGGGAUGUUGGUGAAAUCAGUUCUACAAGCUGUGAGUCAGAUGACUGCGUUAUUCUUUCAAGCCAAUCUCCACCGAAGGUGAAUAAGGGAGCAUCUCCUUCAAAUGCUGUUGUCUACCCUAUAUUCAGUGCACCCCCCGCCAGCAAGAAAAGGACGCAGACUGUGCUGGAUGAACUGACUUCUCCAUUUGGGUCCAGCCCACCUGCAAAAACAUCUCACACCUCACAGAAAAGCAAGAAGGCGAAAGAGCUCUGCAAGCGCUCCAGAGAUCAGAUGAUCAUUGAUGCCGGUCAGAAGCAUUUUGGUGCUGUAGUUUGCAAGUCGUGCGGCAUGAUCUACACGGCUGCUAGCCCCGAGGACGAAGCCCAGCACAUCCAGCACCACGAGCGAUUCCUCGAGGGACUCAGAUACGUGGGUUGGAAGAAAGAACGAGUUGUGGCAGAGUUCUGGGAUGGGAAAAUUGUAUUGAUUCUUCCAAAUGACCCAAAAUACGCUGUCAAGAAGGCAGAAGAUGUGCAAGAAAUUGUAGAUAAUGAACUGGGAUUUAAGCAAGUUCCCUUGAGCUGCCCAGCCAAGACUAAAAUAUAUUGCUUUGUGUCCAACGAGAAGAUGAUUGUUGGGUGCUUAGUGGCUGAAUCAAUCAAGCAGGCUUUCCGGGUGCUGUCUGAGCCGGGAGCUGCGCCGUCCCCCGGCCAGGACCCCCUGCAGCACCACCGGGCUUGGCGCUGCUCCACGGAGCCCGAACCCGCCGUCUGCGGCGUCAGCAGGAUCUGGGUGUUCGGCCCGAGGCGCAGGAACGGCAUCGCCCGUCGCAUGGUGGACGUGGUCAGGAGCACCUUCAUGUACGGCUGCUACCUGAGCACCCACGAAAUCGCCUUCUCCGACCCGACGCCGGACGGCAAGCUGUUUGCAACGAAAUACUGCCAAACCCCUAACUUCCUUGUUUACAACUUUAUUUAUAACAACUGAUUCGACUUGAUUAUUACAAGUUGAGGUUUGUUGAAAUCAUCCGAGAUAAUUUGCUUAAAAUAACACUUGAGCGUUGGUACCUAGCUAAACGCUGUUUUCCUGCUGAGCCCUUUGUUCUUCCUCCCCUUGUGAGCGAGCUGGGGGAGAGCGUGUCACUUUGUGUACAGAGUUGUGUCGUGUUUUAGCGUGUGCCGUGGAACCUUGUUUGGAUUUGGGGUAGGUUUCUUUCUUCUGAAAUGAAAUUUUAUUGCAAGUAACUUAAUUUCUUUAAAAAGUUUAAUUAAUAUAAAGAUGGCUGUUUUCUCCCGGAUGUGGGGGUAUGUAAUUCUGAGCUCUCUUAGUACAACCAGUUGCUAAAUGUAUGCGCAGAGUAUGAGAUGUCUUAGAACGACGGACUUGUGGCAGGAUUUCCCCCAGGGUGGAAGACCUGGAAACCCCCGGUGUUUUGCUGCAGGGGAACCUGGCACGAGGGCCCUUUGCUCAAUAAAAUGUGAGAAAUGC